GACGGCUUCACAGUCUUCUUGCCCCCUUCUACCUCCUCCUCGAACUCUUCCACUUCCUCUCCCUCAAGUUAUUUCGUUUCCCUUUUGGUUCUUGGUCCUCGAAGGAGAUCCGAGGAACGUCGAGGGUACCGAUCCAACUCUUGUAUCGCUCGACAAGGGGGAUGCUGGUUCUGGUUCCCGUCGCGGAUCUCACCUUCGGGAAGACGGACAAGGGGUUAUCGAGGGUUUGAAAUGCGAGCUAUGCUUUAAGAUGUGCCACAAGAGCAAGAUCAAGUUGGCCGCUCUCGUGGGAAUCACCUUAUCCGUCUUAUCUUUGUUUGUGCACCUCUUUGUUGCAAAUUAUUCAGUGGGGGACUUUAUACAAUACAAGUUGCGAGAGGACUACCUGUAUCCAGUGGGACAUAAACUUCGACAUCGAAGGUUAUGGGGUCCAGUGAGCUCAUUGGAGGUCUUGCAACCAUAUGCUAAGCCCAGGAGUUUCUAUCCUGUGCCAGGUCAGCAGAAUGGUUUUAUUUAUGCAAAGAUCUCCGGUGGUUUUGAGAAGAUAAGAUCAUCAAUAUGCGACCUUGUUGCUAUUGCUAGGCUCUUAAAUGCCACACUUGUUAUUCCUGAGAUCCAACAAAGUGUUCGGUCAAAAGGCAUCAGUCCAAAAUUUAGGAGUUUCUCUUAUCUCUAUGACGAAGAGCAGUUCAUAGCAUCACUUUCAGAUGACGUUAUUGUUGUAAAGAGCUUGCCUAAAGAUCUGAAGGAGGCUAGGAAAAAGACAAAAUUUCCUACAGUAUCACCCAAAGCCUCAACUUCCCCAAGCUUUUAUACCAGAGAAGUCUUACCUAAACUUAAACAAUCAAAGGUUAUUAGGAUAUUAGUUUCUGAUGGAGGAUGCCUUCAGCCUAUCCUUCCAUCAAACAUGGACGAAUAUCAGAGACUUAGAUGCAGAGUUGCCUUCCAUGCUCUUCAAUUCCGCUCAGAUAUCCGGGCACUUGGCAACCAAAUGGUAGAAAGGUUACGAGGAACUGGUGGUCCAUAUCUGUCGUAUCACCCUGGCUUUGUGAGGGACACCCUAGCAUUUCAUGGUUGUGCUGAACUUUUCCAGGAUGUUCAUACGGAGCUUAUGCAAUACACAAGGAAGCAGCUGAUAAAGCAGGGAACAGUUGACGAAGAUCUUGUUGUUGAUUCAUUUGCUCGAAAAACGAAUGGUUCAUGCCCUCUCAUCCCUGAAGAGGUUGGACUUCUCCUUCGGGCAAUGGGAUAUCCACCAAAUACCAUAAUUUACUUGGCUGGUUCUGAGACAUUUGGAGGACAGAGGAUCCUAGUUCCUUUGCGAGCCAUGUAUACAAACUUAGUAGAUCGUACUUCCUUGUGCACUAAGAAAGAGCUUUCAAACUUGAUUGGUCCUGAAUAUCCUCUUCCUUUAAAUCUCCCUCAACCUCCUCCUGUGAAGAGUGAAAAACAACUUAUUGAGGAGUGGAAAAAAGCUGGGCCUCGACCACGACCCCUUCCACCACCUCCUGCAAGGCCCUUUUAUCAGCAUGAGAAGGAAGGUUGGUAUGGUUGGAUUGCUGAGACUGAUACAGAGCCUGACCCUUCAUCUGUGGAUCUUAGGAAACAAGCACACAGGCUACUCUGGGAUGCUCUUGACUAUUAUGUUUCUGUUGAAGCUGAUGCUUUUUUUCCUGGUUUUAACAAUGAUGGUAGUGCGUGGCCUGAUUUUUCAAGCUUGGUCAUGGGUCACCGCUCUUACCAAACAGCCUCUGGAGUAACCUAUCGCCCCAACAGAAAAACACUUGUCGGGCUGCUCAUCUCUAUACAUGAUAACCUAUAUCAUCCAACACAUAAUUGGACAGUACUGGUGCGGGAUCAUCUUAACAAGAGCUUGGGUGUGGACGGAUUCAUAGCAGAGGCUGAAUCAUCGAAACCUGCUUCUUUCCUUUCCCAUCCUUUUCCAGAAUGUUCGUGCCGUACUUCAAAAUCUUCAGACACUCCUGGUCAUGUGAUGAGCCGCAGCGGCAAAUUGUUAUAUGGGAAUGAGGAAGAAUGUCCUGAGUGGAUGGUUCAUGGCCUAGCAAUGGCUUCCCAGAAGGCCACUGGUGCCAAAGAUGAGGAUGUUGAGGAGGGCGAGUUGCUGGAAGAUGACAACGAAACAGAUGGACAGUCGGACCCUGAUAAUGGAAACCGAAGUGACACAAAUAGAUCCAUGGAGCAAGAUGAAGAAAUGGAUCCAGAUGAUUAAAUGCAAAAAAGAUACAUAGAGAACUGGAAGAUGCAUGUCAAGAUUGUAAAGAUCUAACCAAAUCUGCAAGCACUGUGAGUAUAUUUUUUCUAUUCCGUAAGCAGAUUGAUGAGGACCAAUGCUUAGCUGCAGUUAAGCGGAAGCAGAUCGAGGGGGACAAAUGCCUAGCUGCAGUCAAAGUGGUUGUUGUUGGUUCUUCUUAUACAAAUUUCAGUGAGGAAGUCAGCCUUAGCAUUCUUUUUCUCCUGCCCUGUUUUAAAAUCCUUCCUUCCAAGUUAAUCUGUACAUUUUAAUGUGUAUUUUUUUCAGACACAUUAUUCGUUAGUACGGGGAGGAGUAUAAAAUUUCUCGAACCCAUCAAAAUGAUCAGAGAUAUUGACUGGCUGAUUUUUUGGACCUUUAAAUUCUGAUGCUGCUUGUUU